CUUCUACCUUGUAUCCAAAAAAACACAGAAAGACAUUAUGACACCCAAGUCAGUAUAACUGACGUAAUUUACAGAUAUGAGUCAUGUUCUUAGUUUCAUUUCCUCCCAACCAACCCUGUAAUGUGAAGUAAAGUAUAUCAGCUGUAUUGUGCUACUGGCAGCCAUUUCCUUGUCACUGCUCCCUUGGCUCCGUACCGGCACCCACCCCACACAGGAGCAAUGGCGGCCGCUCAGCCUCUAUAUGAACUAAGAGAACUACAGGGUUUAAAUGGAUCAGUUGGUAACUUUGUAGAAGGCAAUUUUUUGUCUGUUGAACAGAUCCAUGGCUGCUUGAAGCGUGAAGAGGAUCAUUUAAAUGAAGAAAGGAAGAAGAUGAUUGGUUACAUUGAAAGAACAAUUCCGGACCAAUUCCUGCAGUUGGGAAUAACCUUCCCAGUCACGAGGCUGCAGCACGUCACUACUGAAACUCCGACGAGGCAAAUUGUGCAGUCGGGAUAUUUCCGUGCUGGAGACCAAUCUAGAUUGCCAUGGAGCCACCCCAAUGCCAAAUUGUUAUACUGGAGCGUGGAGAUCCUCAAGGAGCAGAUAGAGGAGCUACGUCAGGAGGCUUUCCAAGCUCUUCAGGCAAUGGUCCCACCACACAAUGCCAAAGUAUACGAAGAAGACUUCAACUGCCAGUUUGCCGACUCUCCUGCAUUUAAAUCUGCUUCUCGUUAUGGAAACUUCAAGUUCUCAUUGCCCCUAUCAGAUCUCCUCUUUGAGUAUAAGGAGCAGCACUGCCGGGAUGCUGAGCUAGAGUUCAGGGUGCUGGGCACUGCCAUGUACAGUAAGGAGAUUGCUCAUAUUGUAUUAGUGCACAGCUCUAGGGCUACUGAAUUCAGGGACCUGCCCCCUGUGCCCAUUGUUGGGAGAAAUGCCAAUUCCUUACCGUUCGUCUUCCAAUCCCAAGAAGACGGAAAGUUGUAUUGGAGACCUGAGUCUACAGCUGACGUCUUAAAAAUGAGAAUCUCUGAAAACCAGUGCCGUAUGCGGGAAUGUCCUCUGAGUUGCUUUAAAUAUGCUGCAUAUGGAGUCUGUGACCACUAUAGAGACACCUACUGUGUUUGGAACCAUCUGAUAUUGGCUUUCCACCUGCCUGGGAAUGAGCCCCUGAGGAUCCCUAGGGAGAAGCUGCUGGAGAGUCUCUCUGCCUGUGAUAUUCUGGAGCCGUAUCUCAGAGAAGAAGAAACGAGACUGAGACAACAAGAAGGAGCCCAAGAUAUAAUCAGAAGCCUGAAGGCAGAACCAGUAGAGAGGAAGAAACUGAACCCCGGGAAUGGCAGCGAGCCCCCUUGUUGAGCAGAAAUGAUCAUCAAUAAUAAUCAUGAAGUCUGAGCCUGAAGUUGUUCUACAUUGUUGAAAGAAAUGGAUAAAAGUAAUAAAUGAUCUGA